AUGACAUCCACCAAGACAAGCUCUCAGCCCUCAGGCUCGAGUGACACUCCUCAACGCAUCGUCGUCAAAUCCGUCAAUGGUCACGAGCCCAUCAAAGUAGAGCCUGUCUCCUCGUCCAGCGCAUCACUGCUUCACUCCACACCGCCCCGGCUCGCCACACCGCUUUCCUCACCCACCAAAUCAGCCGCCCCCUCGAGUCCAUCCAAGUCUCCAGGAAGGGCGCGACGUGUAGAUCCUGUCUUGAUCUCGUCUCGCGAGUUUGGCCCUAGUGCUGGAGGAGACAGCGAUGACGAUGAGUUCAACAAUGGCGAGCCCGAAGUUUACAAGGGCGUCAACACCACUGCCAAAAGGCUCAGCCGCAAGAGCAAGGCGGAUGCUAUGUUCGCCAUGUCCGUCAAAGAGUCUUCUCCCGUCCAUGCGCACGCAACAUCCACAUCUACCACUUCAAAUGCUCCCACUGCCAUCCCCGGCAACCCUGCCUCCCACCCAGCACGCAAAAUGUUCCAGCACCAGCCAUUUCCGCCUCUGGUUUUCGAUACAGAUCCCAUCUCAUCCAUCUCGCAGUCUCCAUCCGCUUCCAAUGCGGCUCAGCCCCCCAUUCCAACUCAUGCCAGCACGCCACGCUGCCCUCCGCCCAGGCUCCGUCCCAGACUCUUUGAGCUCGACGAAGCGCCCACUUUCUAUCCAUCGCCUGAAGAGUUCUCUGAUCCAAUGAAGUACAUCGCCUGGAUCGCCGACCCACAAGGUGGUAAUGGCAAGGCAUACGGCAUCGUCAAGAUCGUUCCACCUCAGGGCUGGAACCCGGAAUGCGUGCUUGAUGAGCAGACCUUCCGCUUUCGCACCCGCGUUCAGCUCCUCAACUCGCUCAGUGCAGAUGCUCGGGCCUCUCAGAACUACCAGGAGCAACUGCAAAAGUUCCACGCGCAGCAGGGUCGCAAGCGUGUCUCGGUCCCCGUCAUUGACGGUCGUUCCGUCGAUUUGUACCAGCUCAAACUAGUCAUCUCAAGUCUGGGUGGCUACGAUGCUGUUUGCCGUGCUCGCAAGUGGUCCGAUGCUACGCGUAAGAUCGGCUACAGUGACAAGGAAAGCGGUCAGCUCUCGACGCAAGUCAAAGCUGCCUACACCCGCAUCAUCUUGCCCUUUGAAGAGUUUCUUGCAAAAGCAAAAGAGCAGUCUCGUCCUAACGGAUCAUCGGUCAGCCCACAGCUCGCGCAGAGUGCCAUCAUGGGCGCCACCGCCAGCACGGACACCCAAGAGAAUGGCGUUAAGCACCCCUCCAUGUCGCCAAGCCUCGACGCCGCCCCCAGUGGAGAUGCAGGUGAACACUUCAAAACACCCGAGCCUUUCACUGCUGCUGGCGCUGCUGAGGCGCUCGCAAAUGCAACUCCCGUCCUCGAGACACCCACUCAAAGCCCUUCGACUGUCGCAAGCACACGUCGCAGUGCGCGCAAGAGAUCGGAAGCAACCAGCACACCUGCUUCGUCGUCGCGUAACUCUUUGCAGCUCACCUCCACACCAAUGACACCUUUGAUCUCCAGACGCAGAAAGGGCGUUAGCCCUCACCUUGAAGCAGAUUCUUACCUGCGCGCUCAAGCUGGCAAUCAGGCGCAAGAAGAGCAAAUGUGCGAAAUCUGCCUCCGAGGCGAGGAUGGUCCCAACAUGUUGCUCUGCGACGAGUGCAAUCGUGGCUACCACAUGUACUGUCUCCAACCCGCGCUCACUUCGAUCCCCAAAUCGCAGUGGUUCUGCCCGCCUUGUCUUGUCGGCACCGGUCAUGAUUUUGGUUUUGACGAUGGUGAAACACACAGCCUCUACACUUUUUGGCAACGUGCUGAGGCAUUCAAGCGCGAUUGGUGGUCCAAACAUCAAGAUCACCUCUGGAGGCCCGACUCGGAAGGCCUGGCGACAUCUGACUACGAUCCGCCAACGAAUGGUCUGGCUCGCCGUGUCCACGGAACCGACCUGGUUGUGUCAGAGGACGACGUAGAGCGCGAAUUUUGGAGACUAGUUCAUAGCCAGAAGGAAGAAGUAGAAGUCGAGUAUGGUGCUGACGUUCACUCUACUACGCACGGCAGUGCCUUGCCCACCCAAGAGACUCAUCCCUUGAGUCUGUAUUCGCGCGACAAGUGGAACCUCAAUAACCUACCCAUCCUGCCUGGCUCGCUGCUCCAGUACAUCAAGUCCGACAUCUCGGGCAUGACCGUCCCCUGGAUCUAUGUCGGAAUGAUUUUCUCCACCUUCUGCUGGCACAACGAGGAUCACUACACUUACUCGAUCAACUAUCAGCAUUGGGGUGAGACUAAGACAUGGUACGGCAUUCCGGGUGAAGAUGCCGAAAAGUUCGAGAAUGCCAUGCGCAAGGCGGCGCCCGAUUUAUUCGAGACGCUGCCGGACCUGCUCUUUCAUCUCACCACCAUGAUGAGUCCCGAGAAGCUCAAGAAGGAAGGCGUCCGCGUUGUGGCAUGUGACCAACGUGCCAACGAGUUUGUCGUCACUUUUCCCAAGGCCUACCACAGCGGCUUUAACCACGGUCUCAACCUGAAUGAAGCUGUCAACUUUGCUCUGCCCGACUGGAUCUUUGACGAUCUCGAAUCUGUUCGGAGGUACCAGCGCUUCCGAAAGCCUGCCGUAUUCUCACACGACCAGCUGCUCAUUACCGUCUCGCAGCAGAGUCAGACCAUCGAAACAGCCGUGUGGCUUGAGGCCGCCAUGCAAGAGAUGGUUGAUCGCGAGAUCGCAAAGCGCAACGCACUUCGUGAGAUCAUUCCGGAUCUCAAAGAAGAGGUAUACGACGAAGAUGUAGCCGAGAGCCACUACAUUUGCAGCCACUGCACUCUCUUUUCCUACCUCGGCCAGUUGACAAGUCCAAAGACCGAUGGUGUCGCUUGUCUCGAUCACGGCUUCGAGGUGUGCAACGCCGAUGCUCCCGUCAAGUGGACGUUGAAGCUUCGCUUCUCGGACGAUCAGCUUCGCUCCAUUCUAGCGAAGGUCUGUGAGCGGGCAGCAGUGCCGCGCAACUGGAUUCAGCGCCUCAAGAAGACCCUUGCUCUUGGCCCGACUCCACCUCUCAAGACGCUGAGGUCGUUGCUGCACGAAGGCGAAAAGAUUGCCUUCUCGCUAGAGCCACUCGAGGAUCUCAGGACCUUUGUCACCUGCGCCAACUCGUGGGUGGAGCGGGCCAAUGUUUUCCUGAUGCGCAAGUUGCAUAAGAGACGCGGCGAGCCUGCAGCUGCUCCUGCUGGGAGGCGCCGACGAUCCAAGGGCGGUGCUGUGGCUGACGAUAGCUUCACUAGAAGGCAAAGCUUGGACGCUUCGGUCGACGAUGCCGAAUCCACUUCCGAUCGAAGUCCCGAAGCCUUGUAUGCGUUGAUCGGAGAGCUCGACAGCCUUCACUUUGACGCGCCUGAGAUUGCAUCGCUUCGCACUAUGGCGCAAGAGCUCGAGGAGUUCAUUGGCCGGUGUGACGAGGUCCUACAACAGGGUGACGAGACUAAUCUCAAAGACUGUGAAAGCAUCCUGACGCUCGGCAGCUCUCUCAAUGUGGACGCGCCUCAGAUCAAAGAGCUCUCCGACUAUGUCGAGCGUCGCAAGUGGAUCCAGGAAGUCACAGAAUCGUUCGACACAUAUCUCUAUUACCACGAAGUUGCGGAACUGUUGGAUCGCGCCGACAGCUGUGGUCUACAAGAUCACGAGCUGCGCAAGAAUCUUGAGCAGAGACUCGAAGCCGGCCAACGCUGGACUGAAAGUGCAAGGGAAGCGCUGGGAGGCUCUCAGCCUAUAACAAUCGACGUGCUUCAAGAGCUUUCCGAGUCGUCAGCUGAUGUUCCUGUUGUGCUCGAAGUGGCUCAGGAUGUUACCGACGCUCUCUCCAAGGCCAAAGAGCUGCAAAAGACCAUCCAGACACUGUACAAGGCAUUACAGACGGGAGCUCACGGCCAUUCUGCAGCCGAUGCGGAUGGUGACCUAUCAAUGAUCUCGAUCUCGGAAAAUGGCGAAGCUGCCGAGCGUGUGGCUCUGCUUCCUGACGCUCGUCGCGUGCUUCGUGCCGCCAGGUCCAACAAACUGGAGCUUGAGCACGCGCAAGACAUUGAAAAGGCCGUCCAAGUCUACGAUGCAUGGCGAGCUGCGUUCAACCAGAUCAUGCAGACUAUUGCCGGUGGAUCUCGCCGCCUCACGGACGCAGACCGCGACGAGGAGCUCGACAAGCUGGUGGAGCGAGUCGAGGAUGCCACCGACCCUGCCGACGACCAGAACAAACCCAAUGCACGCAACUGUAUCUGCAGGAGCUCAAUGCCCAUCGCCAUUCCUUCGUCGUCAGGGGCAGAAUGCUCUCGCUGUCGCGUGCAGUACCAUCUAUCGUGCAUCAAGGUGCGCUCCUCUGAGGUAUCACGCGCCGAGGGCGGCUGGGUUUGUCCAUUCUGCCCGUGGUACGGGAGCGCUCCGUUCCUCAAAAUGCGCAAGGCGAUCAGCAUUGCUGACCUUUCGAAGCUUGUAUACGAUCAAGAUCAUCGUCGAGACCAGUUCAAAUUCCUCCCUCUGGAAUGGGACGCCAUCGAGGAAGUGGUUGCCAAGGCAAAGCGAUUCGAGACGGCCGCUAAGCGAAUGAUCAAAACACUUUCGCUGAUGCGCAGAGAUCAAAAGCAGGUCAUCCUUGCCCACUGGCUACGUCGGUCCAUUGGCUGCCCCGUCGAUGUCUUGGGACCAGAGAAAGUCAACAUGCUUGACCUCAUCAGCGAAAAUUUGCUCGCCCUUGGUUCACAGCAGGGUGAUGCUGCACCCAUGGCGCCUGUUGAGCGUAUCAAGGCGUCGACUCCAGCGCGAUCCGACGAGCGCACGGAAGAAACAACGCCCUUGCCUCGCUCGUCUCGCGUUCCAGCCCCUGCCGAUCGCGACUCAGGAUCUCCAGCUGUCCGAGACGAUCGCAAGCGCAAAGCCAAGAGAGGCAAGCGUGCCAAGCUCGUCUUCCAGGAGGAGAUUGGUAUCGGUGCUUACCGCGAUCGUCAGCCCAUCUACUGUCUGUGCCAUGAGCCAGAGAGCGGUCGCAUGAUUGCUUGUGACAAGUGCAUGCUCUGGUUUCAUACCAAUUGUGUUCGCCUCGAUGAUCCGCCGAAUCUCGGAAAUGAGCCGUGGAUAUGUCCCAUGUGCUGCAUCAAGGCGGAGCGCAAGUAUCCUCAGGCCGAAGUCAGGGUCAAAGACAUUGGCGUCACCGACCCGGAUCUGUGGCUCGACAUCCGUGCCACGCUGCGAUCGCUCGAGAAGCCUGUCAGCAAGAUUCAGUCGUGGACCAGCCCGGAGAACAAGCGCAUUGUGCUACAUCUGGAAAAGUUCACACCGGCUAUCCAUGCUGAGGAGGUGCACUCGCAGAUCACCAAACGUGCGCGUCUCGAGUCCGACACGCCGAGCAAGGCGCGAGUGUCUCUGGGCCGCUCUGAUUCGAUCUCGACGCCAGCAAAGGAGAGCGGCGCCGUUCCUUAUGCGGCAGCUCCUGUGCCCAGCGAGGCUGUUCGAGGUAUCGUGCCUGCUUUGACGCCGGCGGCUGAUUCACCCGCCUCCAGAUCAGGAAGGAACGACGAUUCAUUUGCUGCAGCCUCGCCUCCUUUGUGGGAUGCCAAGACUGGACCAUCUCCUGGCAACGCCAGCAUCGAAUGGGCGCAGUCGGCACGUCGACGAUAUGCCGAAGGCAUGGACAACCUCUACCGUCGCGGCAUCACGGACACGAUGCUGGUGCGAUUCUACGUUGGAUGGAAUGGACGUACGCUCUUUCAUCCGGUACGAGACUCAGCGGGCAACAUUGUAGAGGUAUCUCUGGGCGAGAACGUCCGUCUGCAUCCAGAUGAUCCCGAGGGCGUGCGGGUAAUUCGUGCUGCCAUUGAACGACACAGCGUCAAAGCGGACCGUUUAGCCGCAAGUCAUGGCUAUGGCGGCGAGAUGGACGAUCAUGUGUACUCUCGCAACGCUUACAGUCGCGACGACGGACGCUAUACAGCUCAGCGACGCGAUCCUCCGGUGGUACCGUCGAAUGGCAGAUUCAGCAUGAGAUCGCCUGCCACGAUUCCUUCGCAACGACUUGGCAGCGAUCGCGACUAUGAACGCGAGCGGGAGCGUGACGGGGAUCUUCAUGAUGCCCGUGAUGGUCGUGAUGGCCGAUAUGGCGAUUCAUUACGUUCUCCGGCGGCACCAGUGGCGGCGAUGACUGGCCCUGGUGCAUUGGACACCUCGCCGGCGCUCCGAACGAAUCUAGCGCGCGAAGUCGUGCCGACAUACGCGCGAAGCUCAGCUAAUGCAUCGGCAGCCACAAGUCCAUACACUGGCGCUGCUUCGACGUACAGCAUUUAUUCGGCAUCUGACAGAGCGGCAUCUUAUCCGGUGGGUCGCAGUUCGAUUUCGCAGGCGGAUCUGGAUGGAAAUAGGGGGGGACCUCCACCGAUGGCGAUGUAUGCUUCUGCCAAGGCUGAGCCUGUCGCAAAUGGGUCUACGUUUUCGGCACUGGACCCAGCGAUGAUGGCAGACGAUGCAGCAGGACAGAUCGAUCCCAAUUUGACGAGCAGUCCGGUUCUAGCUUCCAACUCGGCAGUUCCCGCACCGUCGACCGCACCGGCAGCAGCACAUGGUGUUCGGAGCGAGACGAGGAGCCGUCCACCCAGCGCAGGCAACGAAGUCGCCCAUGAAGCCGGUUCCGCGAAAGCACCCCCGGGUGCACCCUCGGGUGGCCACAGUGGCGAGAUCAAGGAGCACAACCCAGACGAGCACGAGCUCGAGAGUGUUCGUCAGCAGGCUAGACAGAUGGCGCGGAAAAUGCGACCAGACGCUUCCGAGGCCGACAUCGAACGAUUGGUUCAAAACUUUAUCGGUGGUGGAGAGUCUAAGUAG